AUGAAAUAUAAUUACAUUUUUUUAACAGUUUUUUUAUUAUUAAAUUUUAAUAAUAUUAUAGCACAGAUUGUAUUUAAUAAUAAUAUAAUUAAUACAUGUACUAACGAUAAUCCAUGUGACUUAUCAUCAAAAGAAGUAUGGACUAAUAAUCAAGUUCCACUCACAAACGAUGAUGUUGUUAUCGAUUUUUCAAGUGUAGAAUCAACUUCAAAUAUUUAUUUAGUUGCCCAAAAUUUUCAUAUUUCAUUAAACUCAUUCAACAUUACUGGGCCAUCAUCAUCCCCAUCAAUAACCAAUCUUUUAAUCAAUAACUCAAAUCUUACAGUUUCAGUAUUUACUAUGAGUAAUUUAAAUGUUACAAUUGAUGGUACCAAGGGUAUCGUUUAUAACUUGGGUAACUUCAAAUCAUAUAACACAAACUUAUUAGUUCAAGGCAAUGGAUAUAUUAAUGUAACACAAACAGAGAUUUUAGGUGAGAUUCCAGCAAACUUUAUUGGUAAUGUUUCAUUUGUUAGCAAUGGUCCAGCUUCUUUACAAGCCCCAAUGAAUUGGAGUAGCCAAAUUGGUUUAUUAGAAUUUAAUGGAGCCGUAGAAAUUACAGGUCCUUUCAAUAUUGCUUCUCCAAUCGCUUUUUAUCAAUGGGUUGAAAUUAGUUCUAAUGGUACAAUGAAUCAAGUCUUUUUCUCUGAUUAUUUUACUAUUGAAGGUGGAUCAUCAGUUCAUAUUGAUCAAAUUGAUUCUUUAUUGAGUGGAUCACUUGUCAAUGUUAUAGAACAAUCAUCUCUCUAUUUAGCAACUCAGCCAUUUAGUCCAUUAAAUUUUUUCACCAUCGAAGAUAGAAGUACACUUUAUUUACCAUCUGGUGGUCUAAUUAACGAUUUAUUCAGAACAGGCAAUGGUACCCUCGUUAUUACUGACUCUAAAAAGGUUACCACUUUUUAUUUAUAUCAACCAUAUUUAUCAGUUACUUCACUAGGUAGUCUCGAACUCAUAGGUAAUUUAGAUACAGUUACAGUUACCGGUCAAAAUUCAAAUGUAACCCUCGAAAAUGUUUCUAAUGUCAAUAGUAUUUCGGUUAAUGGUCUCAUUUUCAUUGAUAUUGCUGGAUCCCUCACUGUUAGCCAACAAGCAUUAGCCAAAAAUGUUUUAGUCAGUGGUAGUUUGACACUUUAUGGUGGUAUUUCAAGUAAUAGACUCGAUGUUACCAUAUUUUCCUCUUUAAUAAUUUCAAAUAAUUCUUAUGUUGAUUCUUCUGUUAAUUCAUAUGGAAGAACCACUAUCGAUAGUGGUUGCAAAAUCAAAUCAAUUGUACAAAAAGCUGGAUCCACCUUAGCCAUUACUUCCCCAGGUAUAUCUAUCUUAGAUGGUUUUACAAUGGUCAAUGGUUCAUAUACUACCAUUCAAAAUGCUUCCAUCAAUAACAAUGAACCUAUUAUCAAAGUUAAUCAAUUUAAUCUUAAUAAUACACAAUUCGACAUUCAACUUAUCCAAGGUUCCAAUCCAGCCGAUAAUGAUACCAUUCUUAUCGUUCAAUCCAGUGAUCUUGCAAACUCAAAUAAUAUUUUCGAACAAACCAGUAUAAUUAUAAGGAUAAAUAGUCAAACUCGUUAUACAGCUUUAAAUUACAAAAUUGAAUCAGAUUCAAAUGGAAAUGUCAGAGCUAUCUUUUAUAAAGAAAAGAAACCAACUAAUUAUACAGGAGUUAUCAUUGGUACCAUCUUUGGUGGUGCUGUUUUAAUUGCCAUAGUCGUUACUAUCUUGUGUUGUGUUUCUAAAAGAAAGAAAAGUCAUCAUCACUACCAUCAACAUGAAAGAAAAUCAUUAAUUCAUAAUUAA